AUGCAAAACAGUCCUGAUUAUACUCGUUUUUUAAGUGAAGCUGCUGCACGUAGACAACCUAGUGCUAUUCGAGAAGCUACUCAAUUAUUUGCACGAUCACCACCUACAACUAUUAGUUUUGCUGCAGGAAAUCCUAAUGUAUCUUUAUUUCCAUUUAAAGAAGCAACUAUAACUUUAAAAGAUGAUACAACAAUUCAACUUGAUUCUUCUGAUAUGUCUAAAGCAUUACAAUAUUUACCGACGCCUGGACAAGCAGAUUUAUUAGAAUGGUUAAGAAAAUUACAAAUUCGUUAUCAUUCUCCUAUUGAUUUUAAACGGUAUGAACUAUGUGUAACAAAUGGUUCUAUGGAAGGAUUAAGCAAAGUUUUUGAACUUGUUCUUAAUACUACAGAAUCAAUCUUAGUCGAUUCACCCUGUUAUUCAGGAUCGUUAGAUUUUUUACGUGGAUUUGGAGCUAAUAUUAUUAGUAUAAAUACAGAUUCUAAUGGAAUGAGUGCUGAAUAUUUACAUAAUAUUCUUUCAAAUUGGUCUGAUUUAAAUACUUUACCUCGAGUUCUUUAUACAAUUCCAAAUGGUUCUAAUCCUACUGGAGCAUCAAUGAGUCUCGAACGAAAAAAAGAUAUUUAUAAUAUUGCUCAAAAAUAUAAUCUAUUAAUUAUUGAAGAUGAUCCAUAUUUUUUUCUUCAAUUCGAAAAACUAGUGCCAUCAUUUUUAUCAAUGGAUACAGAUGGUCGUGUUAUUCGACUUGAUUCUAUGUCGAAAGUAUUAUCAGGUGGAAUGCGUCUCGGGUUUUUUACUGCACCAAUUCCAUUAUGGCAAAAAUUAGUUUAUCAUCAACAAGUAACUAGUUUGCAUGCAAGUUCUCUUUCACAAAUGGUAGCUUUGAAAUUAUUCGAAAAAUGGGGUUUAUCUGGAUUUCAUCAGCAUACAGAACAAAUUUCGAAAUUUUAUGAAAAUCAAAAAAAUUUAAUGGUUAAUGCUAUUAAAAAACAUUUAAACGAUAUGGUAACAUUUAAUGAACCAACAGCAGGAAUGUUUAUAUGGAUGAAAAUAAACGGUAUUGAUGAUACAAGAAAAUUAAUCUAUGAGAAAGCACUUGAACAAGAAGUAUUACUUUUACCGGGAAGUGCAUUCUUUUCUGAUCAAUCAAAAACUUAUCCAUAUGUUCGAGUUUCUUAUUCAGUUUGUACACCGGAACAAAUUGAAACAGGUAUGGCUCGUUUUGGUAAAGUUCUCCGUGAAGAACUACAUAAAUAG